UGCCACAGUAGCUGACUGGUCACCCUGCCACCCAGCGCUCACACCCCCUGGCAGGUGCCUGGCUAUGGCCCGACUGCUCCGGGCUGCAACCUGGGGGCUGUUCCCCUGGAGGGGGUACUGCUCCCAGAAGACAAAGGGCGAGCUCUGCAGGGACUUCGUAGAGGCUCUGAAGGCCGUGGUGGGCGGCUCCCACGUGUCCACUGCCACGGUGGUCCGAGAGCAGCACGGGCGCGAUGAGUCGGUGCACAGGUGCGAACCUCCCGAUGCUGUGGUGUGGCCCCAGAACGUGGAGCAGGUCAGCCGGCUGGCAGCCCUGUGCUACCGCCAAGGUGUGCCCAUUAUCCCAUUCGGCACCGGCACCGGGCUUGAGGGUGGCGUCUGCGCUGUGCAGGGCGGCGUCUGCGUUAACCUGACGCAUAUGGACCGAAUCCUGGAGCUGAACCUGGAGGACUUCUCUGUGGUGGUGGAGCCGGGCGUCACCCGCAAAGCUCUCAAUGUCCACCUGCGGGAUAGCGGCCUCUGGUUUCCCGUUGACCCAGGUGCGGACGCCUCUCUCUGUGGCAUGGCGGCCACCGGGGCGUCGGGCACCAACGCGGUCCGCUACGGCACCAUGCGGGACAACGUGCUCAACCUGGAGGUGGUGCUGCCCGACGGGCGGUUGCUGCACACGGCGGGCCAAGGCCGGCAUUUCCGGAAGAGUGCAGCCGGCUACAACCUCACUGGGCUGUUCGUGGGCUCUGAGGGGACGCUGGGCCUCAUCACAGCCACCACCCUGCGCCUGCACCCUGCCCCUGAGGCCAUAGUGGCCGCCACGUGUGCGUUCCCCAGUGUCCAGGCUGCUGUGGACAGCACUGUACACAUCCUCCAGGCUGCAGUGCCUGUAGCCCGCAUUGAGUUCCUGGAUGAAGUCAUGAUGGAUGCCUGCAACAGGUACAGCAAGCUGAAUUGCUCAGUGGCACCCACACUCUUCCUGGAGUUCCAUGGCUCCCAGCAGGCACUGGAGGAGCAGCUGCAACGCACAGAGGAGAUAGUCCAGCAGAACGGAGCCUCUGACUUCUCCUGGGCUAAGGCGGCCGAGGAGCGGAGCCAGCUUUGGACAGCACGGCACAAUGCCUGGUAUGCAGCCCUGGCCAUGCGGCCAGGCUGCAAGGGCUACUCCACGGACGUGUGUGUGCCCAUCUCCCGGCUGCCGGAGAUCCUGGUGCAGACCAAGGAGGAUCUGAACGCCUCAGGACUCACAGGAAGCAUUGUCGGACAUGUGGGUGACGGCAACUUCCACUGCAUCCUGCUGGUCAACCCUGAUGACGCUGAGGAACUGGGCAGGGUCAAGGCUUUUGCAGAACAGCUGGGCAGGCGGGCACUGGCCCUCCACGGAACGUGCACGGGGGAGCAUGGCAUCGGACUGGGCAAGCGGCAGCUGCUGCGGGAGGAGGUGGGCGCCGUGGGCGUGGAGACCAUGCGGCAGCUCAAGGCUGUGUUAGACCCUCAAGGCCUCAUGAACCCGGGCAAAGUACUGUGAGGGGCUCUGAGCACUUAGCCCACAAGUUCCCAGACUACGGAGCCCCUGUUCUGGAACUUUUCUUCAUGCCACGGCCCCCGCAAGGGAAUAGACAGUAGCUGACGCAGUCUUGCUGCCAGCGAGCCCACUGUAUCUGGGCCCAAGGUCAGAGGGCCCAGAGAGAAGCCUGAGCACUGUGUUACUCCCUGUCCUUCUGGCUGGCUCCAGGAGCCUUUGGUUCAGUAAACGACCCUACGCAUCCCUCUCUGCUCCUACGCAUCCUGUCCUGGCUGGAAGAGACCAUCUGGGUCCACUCAAGACUCUGGUGACACCCCUCCCCUGAGGCUUCCCCCUUCACCUGGUGACAAGCACUCCUUUCCUGGUAUGGGACGUGAGCUCCCGUGCCAUGCUGGUCUUCCCCUUGGAGCCUCCCGCAGUAAGCCUGGAAUAAACCUGAAACCCACCUGCAGCUACCUGGAAGUCAGAGGCAGCACUUCCUCCCCUCCCGCUCCAGGUUCUCUGUCCUUUGGCUAGUGACCCCUUUGUUUUGGGGCUGUCCUCUAACUUGUUAUAGCCUGAGGAGGGGGGCGGUGCUCAGGGUUCGGAAAGGAACCCAGGUCCCUGUCCCAGCUACUCGGCCUCAGGCUUGAGGACCUGCCCAUGGCAUGUCACUUAGGAUGGACUCCCCAACUGGGCCUGAACCAGGCCUCUGAACACACUGAAUGUGUUCCUCAGCAGCUGCCACGUCUUUAGAAACAAAGAUGAAACUAUUUUUGCACCCACCUCUUCAUGGGGUGAUGUAUCCUACCACCAGCUGUUUUGCCCUCAAGGUCUGUCCACCCGAGGCCCUGCCUGUCUUGGGCCAGAGCCUCAGUCUUGAGAUGUUGGCAGUUGUUCCCCCUAAGCCCACAGGAGGGCGCCUGACAUCAUGAAGCUCAGAUAGCGCGGCAUCUGCUCCAGGCAGCUGCGGCUCAGGACUCACUUCUGCCCCGGGCCUGCAGCUCUCAGCCCUGGGCAAACCUCCUCCUAGGGUCAGGGAAGGCCUGGCAGCCCAGAAGCCAAGCUAAGUCCUCUACCCCCGCAGAUCCCAGGAACCUGUAGUCCCAGGAACUCAUCUUCCUCGCCCCUCUAGUCUUCGGUCCCUUUUGGAAAGGGGCAUGCCACACCCCAUGCCCUCCCUGGCCUCCGCCCCUCUCCUCCUCCCAUCAGCUGUUCAGAGCUCAGGCAGGCUGCUAGGCCUUAGGCAGAGGCAACUGCACUGAGACACCUCAGGCCAACUUCAGUUCUUGGAACCCCCCGCUCCAUGCUAACACUGGGCUCCUGCCGACAGUGGUGACACCGACCUGAGCCUGGAGGCCACUCUGUGACGUUUCUGUCCCGUGCUGCCCUGGUGGGGAGCAGAGACCGUGCCAAGGGCUGACUGGUGACAAAUCUCAGCCCUCUCCCCAAACCACCCCAGCACACAUGUGCUCAUCACCGAGACAGCCCUCUCGCCCCUCCCCUUCCAGCCAGCCAGCCAGCCACCCACUCUUCCAGGCCCACCUAUCCUGCAGCAGCUGGAUAGGACUCUUCUUUGAUGCGCCCUCCAGCGCCUGGCAACGAUGAGGCACUCAGCAAAUGACCAUUUCCCACAAUCUUUUAUUAAGAAAAAUUCCAAACAUACAGAAAAGUUGAAAGAACAAGUACACUGUUCACUGAAAUACCAGCCACUGCAGAUUCAACAAUGAACGUUUUGGCCUUAUUUGCUUUGUGUAUUUUGGGGGGAACCAUUUGGAAUUAAACACAUUUCUUGAAG